AUGGCUACCGAUCUGGAAUGUCAGACGUCGACAACAACUCCUGAAAUCGAUGAACGUCUUUAUUCACGACAACUACAAAUAUUUUGUGAUUUUGGUCAAAACUUCAAAGUACUCGAUACAAAUGGUGAAGAUUCAAUAACAGAAGAAAUAGUCAAUUCAAUUAGUCAUGAUGAAAUUGGUGUUGUAUCAAUAGCGACAUAUACAAAACAUGGUUUCGAAGAUGGAUCAUACGUCACUGUUUAUGAUGUGAAAGGAAUGACUGAAAUUAAUGAUCGUGAAUUCAAAAUCACUGUACUAGGUAGGGAAAGAUUAUGCUUAGAUCCAUAUACAUUUACUAUCGGUGACACAAGAAAUUUUGGUGUUUAUAAAGGUAGUGGAACAGUCACUGAAGUCAAAAAAGCAGAAACUGUGCAUUUCAAAUCUUUUUUCUGA